AUGGCAGUUAUAAGAAGUUACAAAUUGCCAAACAUAACAUCUAGAUUACAGGAUUUAACAGUUUCAUCAGCCAAGAACGAGGUUAAUUUUGGGGUUAAAUUGGGAUCUCUUAAACAAGUGUUGUUUUUUAACUGUGGCAAACUAGAGAAUUACAAUUGUCCAAAUAGUGUUGAGAAUUUAGUGAUCAGGGAUUAUGAUUCACUGACAUCUUUGACCUUCUCAGCAGUGCAUGAGCACCUGUUUGGCCUUACAUCUCUUGAAAUAAGAUUUUGCAAGAAUCUAAAGUUAUUUCCUCAUGAGUAUUUUCAAAGUCUCACAUCUUUGGAAGAACUGGAGAUACAUGAUUGUCCAAGUAUUGACUACUCCUUUCCUUGUGGUUUGUGGCCUACUAAUAUACGCAAACUAACGAUAGGAUGCUUAAAAAAGCCCAUGCCAGAGUGGGGCCCGCAAAAUUUUCCAGCCAGAUUACUUGAACUAUACUUGCAUGGAAAAAAUUCAGGAGUGGUUUCAUUUGCAGUGGCAGACGAUGUGGGGAAUACUACUACUACUCCAUCAUCAUCAUCAUCUUUUCUUCUUCCACCAUCUCUUGUUUCUUUAACACUUUGGAAGUUUACAGAUGUGGAAUCAUUUUCAGAGGUCUUACAACACCUCCCCUGCCUUAAAAGACUUGAUAUUUUGUCAUGCCCUAAGAUUAGAGAUCUUAACACAACUUUCGACCCAUCAAAUUUGACAAUAAGGGUGGUUUAG